GAUGCGUCCCUCUCGCUUCUGCUCGUCCUCACUGUCGAGCUGUUCUCCAGAGGAUUACCUGAAACUGAACGGAUAAGGACUACAGAUGUCAUGAAGAUCCAUCUUCCGAAUUAGACAUGAUAUUCAACAUUCUGAUUAUUGGUGUACUGGAAAGAGGUCCCUGCUUUCCCACUGAGACUCUUUGAUGGCCAGACAGAGUUUUUGUUGCUGAUGCCAUGGAUGAUUGAUUUUUAAAGUGCUCUUGUGGCGCUCUAAACUCGGAGUUGUUUCCAAAAUGAGCGGUCCAGGAGAGCCCUUCCGUGAGGGGGAGUUGAGAAAUAACAACCAGCAGACUGACGGUGAUGCCAACGCCAAUGAGAUCCGGACAGAAGAUGGCCGGAUUAUGGCUGAAUCUGGCACUAUGACUGAAACAGUACAGCAGGACAAAGUCAUCAUCUGGGGUACAGACUCGCAGUGUGACGACCCCGACCUGGCCGAGUUCGAGAUGCUGGAGUGUCAGGAGCUGGAGGCCUACGUGGUGGAGGAUGGCAAGGACUUUGUCGGGGUUGCUGAGCGAAAAAGGCGUCAAGACCCGAAUACAUCCCGUAGCAAAGGUUCAGCUGACCAUGUGACGGAUAACAAGAGCAGGGGAGAGAGAAAGACUAUUCUGCAUGAAGCCGGUGAGCAGGACACCAAUGCCUCUCAGAAAUCUGAGAGCAGAGAGUUGUCCAAGGCUGAGUUAAGUUCAGAAACGGAUGUCUUUGUGUCCUGUCUGUCCACCAUUUCAAGCAUGGACACUGCUAUGGACACUACUGUCAGAUCCCAGACAACAGACUCCUGGCACAUUGCCUCUGGGCCUUACUCAACCAUCUCAGAAGACUUGACUCUGACAACUGACAAUGUCCCCGAGAGAGGCAAGGUCUCUCAGAGAGCUGAUCAUCAUCCCCUCCCCUCAGGAGAAAACACAAUACACGGGAUAGAUGUGGACAUGAAUUUGAAUUCAACAGUUCAAUCUGAGGAUUUGGUAUCAGAGGCACAACUCAGCAAUGAAGUUUUUAUGUGUAAGGAUGCAUUUGAUGAACACAGGAAGAACAAUAACCAGAUAAAUAAAGCAGGCAAUGCUAUUCUCGAGGGAGAAUUUGAUAAAAGGAGAAGUACUGAGCACAAGGGUAUACCCACAACAAAAACAGCACACAAACAAAGCAACAUCAAAAUGGAUAAAAGCACACAAGCUGACGAGGCCCCAGAUGUGAAAUUCAGCCCGUCAAUAACAGGUACAAAGGGGAAUCAGUCAUCCUUUGAAUCCAAAGCCAUGAAGAAACAAGGAUCAUUUGAUAACUCGUUGAAAAAACAAUACCCUCCUGAAUGGAGUUACAAAAAACAGCCAUCGUUUGAAACUACUUUAAAGAAGCAGCCAUCCUUUGAAAACACCUUCAACAAGCAGGGCUCUUUUGAGAACACAGUACCCUCCAGUUCUUCAAGUCUGGAGAGGAGGAAGCCAUGGGGAAGCCCAAGUCGACCAGCAACUCCUACUUCCCCUAAAAUAACUUUUGGUUCCCCCAAGAGACGACUGCCUGGGUCUCCAGCAAAGGUCCAGAGCAUCAGGUCUCUGAGCUUCGAGCGCAGUGACUCCCCUCAGAGAGGUUUGGGUCCAACUGUCAGACCACCAGGUAAGACAGGUCUGAGCAGCUGCAUCCCCAAACCUGUCUCUUCUCAGCAGAAAGAGCCUGAACCCAGGAGGUCUUCUCCUCCCCAGAAGCCUAAAAAUGUCAGACCCAAAAUAAUCACCUAUGUUCGAAAGAAUCCUCAAGCUAAACCGCAAGGGACAGAAUUCCCAAUCGAAGGCUCUACACUCCCACAAAGAAUAUCCUCUUACUCCAGCCCACCAGCUCAAAAAGAUGCAAAGGUUGGUACUCAACCUAAAUCCUCGCCGGUGCUAUGCUCCUCCAACCUGCUAUUUGACAAAUAUCGUCAGGAGAUGCCGAAGUCAGGUUACCAUCCUCCAGGCAUGGCUUCUACUGGGGUAAAACCUCCAGGCAACACCGCUCCUCAAAGGUUGAGUGGGAAGUCGGGCAGUUUUCAUGAGGAUAUUCCAGAAAAAACACUCCAGGAGAAUGUUUCCCAGGAUGGAUGCAGUGUCUAUCGCUCACCCAGAGCUCUGAGGCCUCAGCUGGGGUUAGGAGCGGUCACCAGGCAGCCUGCAGCCAAGACAAGAGGUCAGAUGGGUCAGAGGUCAGCCCCAGUCCCAGGCCAGUCUGCUCAGCCAGCCGGAGCGUCCAACCAAGGCAACCAGGACCCUGCAGGAGAUCAGAAGAGGUCUGGUCUCCGUCCUCCAGGCUUCUCCGCCCUGCCAAAUUCCCGUCUGGCUACCCUCGGCUUUGUCCGUAGCUCCAGUGCCUCAUCUGUGUCCAGCAACCAAUCAAACGACAGCAAUCAAAGCGAUCCCUGCCGACCCUCUGAGCAUACAAACUCAGGAGGUUUGGGAUGUUUCGGCUGGCUGUUGGUCCUCAUAUCCCUCCUCUUUGUUACAGCAACCUUCCCAAUCACAUUAUUCAUGUGUGUUAAGAUAGUGAAGGAGUACGAGCGAGCCGUCAUUUUCCGACUCGGACGGAUCACGGACAGGAAACCUAAAGGGCCAGGUCUGUUCUUUGUUCUACCCUGCACUGAUACUUUUGUGAAGGUUGAUCUGAGAACAGUGUCUUUUGACAUCCCCCCACAAGAGAUCCUCACCAGAGACUCAGUGACAGUGUCCGUGGACGGUGUGGUGUACUUCCGCAUACACUGCCCCAUCUCCUCUGUGGCCAAUGUGAGCAACGCACACUCAUCCACACGGCUGCUGGCUCAGACCACCCUGAGGAAUGUACUUGGGACCAAAAACCUGGCAGAACUGUUAUCUGACAGAGAGGGCAUAUCCCUCAGUAUGCAGGAAUCUCUGGAUGAUGCCACUGACCCGUGGGGCAUUAAGGUGGAGCGAGUGGAGAUCAAGGAUGUGAAGCUGCCCCAGCAGCUGCAGAGAGCCAUGGCAGCCGAGGCAGAAGCCAGUCGGGAGGCCAGGGCCAAGAUCAUUUCUGCAGAGGGAGAGAUGAACGCUUCCAGGGCUCUGAAAGAAGCCUCCCUGAUAAUCGCUGAGUCACCCUCUGGUCUCCAGCUGCGAUACCUGCAGACCCUCAACACCAUCGCAGCGGAGAGGAACUCCACCAUCAUCUUCCCUGUGCCCAUAGAUAUGCUGCAGAACUUCAUGAAGAAGUAAUAUUUAUAUCAUUACUCUAGUUAUUUUGACUGUUAUAAGCUUUAGUGGUAUCUCUUUCAGAUACUGUACACUUCGUUAUUACUUCCUAUUGAAAUGUUCCCUUUAAGAUUGGCAAAAUAUAGAAAAGAACGUCAUGCAAUCAAAGAUGUAUCCACACUGGAAAUAACUUUUGAACAAAUUAUGUUUUUAUCGUGAUUUAAUACUUAAAUACAAAGUGCAACAUAUACUGUACAGUGUAGACAUACAUUUCUCAUCACUAACCACAAUAUUUUAACCAGCUAAGCUACAGUUGCGGUUCUGAAGGAGGUCAAAUAAAUAAAUAAAACAAAAGCACAAGAAAAGUAAAACAAAGAACAAUGCACGAUGACCUUAUAAAGACAUGCUUUCAUAUAAACCAGAGCCUCAGUUUCUGAUAUACUGAAUACAAUGUUAACCGUAAACAAUCAACAGAAGUACCCACAUCCACGUGAAACACCAACUUUUCUGAUAUUGGAUGUAAACUGUAAACAAAACCUCAUAUCUAGUGUCAAACAAACAUUCAGGAAAUGAGUAAAAGGUCAUGUCCACGGGACACAGAGGCGAUCAGUGCAAUCGGAGAACCUGAUGGAGAGGAAGGCCAUUUCCACUCCACAGAACACAGUAAAGUUAAAUCUAUAUCUGCCUUGCUGCUCAUACAUAACACAACUCACCUGCAAACAUACUGUAUCACCGCUUGAUCAUAUUUCCACAUGUUGGGGGCCGAGGGGAUCUGAUUUUUGUAGUAUAUUAUAGUAUUAAAGCAACAUUUCUUCAAUGUAUUUGUACAUAUUUGCUGAUUGCACUUUGUAUAACAUAUUUAUACAUAUUCUGUACAUUCAAAUCAUAUCAUUCAAUGGACUACCUGCAAAACAGACAUUUGAGCUGGGUGAUUAUGUAAACAUGAGCAAAAAUUAAAAUGGGAUUAAUACCAACAGAAAAAGAUAUGGCAGUUUCUUCCCUUUGCUGACUAAUUAUUCUCCACAAUACCUGAGAUUAUAAUCUAAAA